AUGAGUGCUCAAAUAAAAUGUAGACCUACUAAACAACAAAUGAAGUUGUUGGUUGAACUUUUGGCUCUCGACCCUCAACUUAUGGCCGGUAAAUUUUCGAGUACGUUUACUCAAAAACAAGCGAGUGCAAGAUGGGACGCUGAAAAAACAUGGUGCAAAUGGAAAAAGGCAUGGCAAGAUACCAAGGCUACAGCUAAAAGCAAAGCUUCAGCUAUUAAAAGGCAUGGUAAUGGUACAGGAGGUGGGCCUCCCUGUAAUAUAACCAUGUCAGAAGUCCAGCUGAAUGCCAUUGCGCAAAUAAGUGAUGUUGCUGUAACUGGCCAUACAGAUAGUUCUGAAUCUGCAGUAGAGAUCAUUUAUGAUCAUGAUCAUCAAUUAGAAGAUUCUCAAAAUAUUGAUCAAGAGAUUAUUGAAAUUAACCUAGACAAUGAAUUGAUGUAUGAAGUCUUAGAUUCAUCUCCUAAGCCAGUUAAUACAGCCAUAAUUCCACCACCAUUAGUUUCCAUUAAUCAAAAGCAAAAUCUUAAAAAAAACUCGAAGUCAAAACAGUUAGAUGAACAUAAUUCGGCUGCAAACAAAUUAGCCAAUAUAGCAGAGCAAAAACUAGAGCUAAAAAAAGAAUAUUAUGCCAAAAAACUUAAAUUAAUGGACGAGCAAACCAUUGCUGUAAACAAUCUAAAUAAUGUUUUGUCAUCUUUUUUAAAAAAUCAAUGA